CCUUCCUUUGCGUCAUCUGUUCAAGGACCCAGGAUGUCAAUGCUUGCAGAGCCACGCAGGAAACAGAAGUGGUCUGUGGACCCAAGAAACAGCACCUGGAGCAACGAUGACAACAAAUUUGGCCAGAAAAUGCUGGAGCGAAUGGGCUGGUCAAAGGGCAAAGGACUGGGGAGGAGCGAGCAAGGAUCCACAGACCACAUCAAAGUAAAAGUUAAAAAUAAUAACUAUGGGCUCGGAGCAAAUGCAACUCAUGAGGACAAAUGGAUUGCCCACCAGGAUGAAUUCAAUGAACUUCUAGCUAACCUGAAUGACCACCAUGGUCAAAACAACAGUAAUGAAGUUCCUCCAGAAGAGAUCAAAGGUUUUAGCCUGGAAGAGAAAUCAAAGACUUCUAAAAAGAGGGUUCAUUACACGAAAUUCACUAAAGGUAAAGACCUGUCAUCCCGUAGUGAAACAGACCUUAAUUGCAUCUUUGGGAAGAGGGCCAGGUCCAUUAAAGACCAGGAGCAGGAGAGCAGCAGGAGCGAGUCUCCAGUUGAAUCAGAGGAAAAAGGAACUCCUGCUUCAUCUGAACUGGAUGCUGAGUCAAUAACCAAAACUGUAACAAGUUCUCUAAGCAUGCAGGAGUAUUUUGCGCAGCGCAUGGCACAGCUCAAAAAGGCUCGCAGUGUUGAAGGUUCAGCUGCAUCUGUGAAAGAAAGGGAUACAGAAACAUCAGCUGAGGAGCUUGAUGCAGCCCCCAACAGCAACAAUGAUGCUGAUGAGCCCCAAAAAAAGAAGAAGAAAAAGAAGAAGAAGAAAAAGCUUGAAGAGGAGCUGGAGGUUGUGGAAGAGAAGUCCAGUCCUCCCAUUGUAAAGGAAGAAAAGGAAAACCAAGAAAAUUCAUGUUCAAGGAAGAAAAAGAAGAGGAAAACAGAAGAAAUCAGUGAUGAACAUGAAAACUGUAGCUCCACCAGUGUUCUGGAGAUGAACUGUGAAGAACCAGGGCUCUCCAAGAAGAAAAAACGGAAACAUGCUGAAAUGGAGCUUGAACAAAAUGAGGAGUGCAGAGUUAUCCAGGAUAAGGAGGACCACAGUGGUAUGAAGGAGUGUGAGGAGGAAGUGGUUAGUAAAAAAUCUAAGAAAAAGAAAAAGAAGAGACAAAAUAAUGAAUAGGGCGGAGUUGAUUCUAAUUUCAAGUUUCCUAAAAACAUGCCAUCUGCUCUCAUUUUCAAGCUUUACAUUUAUAAAUAUUUGAUCAAAU